CGUAUCGAUUUACGUUAUAGAAACGCAAAGCGGACUCUGCUAACAGUUAGCUAACUAACUUGCUAACCAAAAGGUAGCUAGAACUAUUUAGGUCGGUGGAUCAGAGUAAUUUAAAUUGUGUUGCUCAAUCAAAAAGUUGUUUCGCAUAAGAAACACAUCACACGUAAACAGUGAUCCACUUGCAGCUCAAAUAGGCUUACGUGUACAUAAAAAGAAAUUAGCGUGUUGGCUACCACUUGCUGUGAGAAUCAAGUAAUACAACUCUGUGCCAGCUAGCUAGCUAGCUUGCUGUACAAGUGGCUAAGCUUAUCGCGCUCCUUCUGAAAUUAGGGUAACGUGGCAGAAGUUCGCUAAAGAUGGAGUUUGCAGCUCUGAUCGCAAUUUCAUUAUUGAUAGGAGCCUUGAUUCUGCUCGUUGCCGUCGCAGUGGGCAAACCGAAAGGAGAAACAAGUCAGAAAAUUGAACAGAAAGAAGACACUGCUGUAGAACAGAAUGGAGACAAGGCAGCACCUUCAAAGAAACAGAAGCAGCAACAGCGUCCUCGCAAAGAGAAGACACAGCAACACACGUUCACCCAUCCACUCCUUGCAUCAUCCCUAAAGAGUCACAGCGGCAAUGUGACUUGCCUGGACUUCAGCAGCAAUGGGAAGUAUCUGGCAUCCUGUGCGGAUGACCGCACGGUCCGGAUCUGGAGCACCAAGGACUUCUUGGAGCGUGACCACCGUUGCCUGCGUGCCAAUGUGGAGCUGGACCAUGCCACGUUUGUCCGCUUCAGUCCCGACUCACGAGCCUUCAUCACCUGGCUGGCCAAUGCAGAGACCAUUCGAGUGUUCAAGAUGACCAAGAAAGAGGACGGUUCCUUCAGCUUCAAAGCUGCACCUGAAGACUUCCCAGUGAGGCAUAAAGGAAUUGUCAUCAACAUUGGCAUUGCAGAAACGGGCAAGUUCAUCAUGACUGCGUCCAGUGACACCACCAUUCUGAUCUGGGACCUGAAGGGGGAGGUGCUAGCUUCCAUAACUACCAAUCAGAUGACCAACUCCUAUGCAGCCAUCUCUCCUUGCGGAAGGUUUGUAGCCUCCUGCGGCUUCACUCCAGAUGUGAAGGUGUGGGAGGUGUGCUUCGGAAAGAGCGGCGAGUUCAAGGAGGUGGCGCGUGCCUUCGACCUCAAAGGCCAUUCGGCCGGCGUCCACUCGUUCUCCUUCUCCAACGACUCCCGCAGAAUGGUGACCGUGUCCAAAGACGGGACGUGGAAGCUGUGGGACACGGACGUGGAGUACAAGAAGCAGCAGGACCCGUACCUGCUGCGCACGGCGCCCUGCCAGGCGUCGGAGGGCAGCCGCAUCGCCCUGUCGCCGGACGCCCGGGUGGCAGCCAUUUCCAACGGCUGCGGGGUGGCCAUGUAUAGCACGGCCACCGGGGCCCUGGAGGAGGACUUCCCCGCCGUGCACAGCGAGGAGAUCACGGACCUGCGCUUCGACGUCAACAGCCGCUUCCUGGUGUGCAGCGGGGACCGCGCCAUCCGCGUCUUCCACAACACGCCCGGGUACCGCGCCGCCAUCCAGGACAUGCAGGCCAUGCUAAAGAAGGCCACCAACGAGGGCAUGCGCCAGAGAUUAGAGGCCCAGAUCCAGGAGGCCCAGAGUGCAUUGGACAAUGUCUGCGCCACGUCGAAAAACUGAGUCUGUGUGCUCGCUGCCUGCACUCAAGGGACUUGAGCUUUCAGCCUCUGUUUGAAAUAAAUGGUAUAUGGUUGCUGGUUUUAAAAAAAUAAAUAAAUCCAAAUGUGUUUAUAAUA